UGGGUUCUUGCGCUCCUAUUUCGUCGAGAAAGGCAUCCUGGAGGGCUCGCCCAACUGCCCCGAAUGUGGGGACGCCGUGGAAGACGUUGAACACGUGCUGUUCCACUGUCCACGGUUCGAUCGGGUCCGGAAUGAGAUGCAGCAGCGGUGCCAUUCCCGAGUACCAAUGGAAAACAUUGGUCCGAUUGAAACAGAUCGAAUCUUUCUACGGAUUGAAUCUUCGAAUCUUCCGAAUCCCGAUUCUCCCAACACUAAACCAGACGCAGCCAGCAGAGAUGCGUUCGUGAGAUGGAUUGAGUAAUCGAGGAUGAUUCCGAUCUUCGGCUCCCGCACGGAUACUAACGAUACAGGAAGAUGCGUCGAUGUGCGUGUCGCUAUUGGAACACUCUCACUCUCUUGCUUUAGAUCGUCAAGGCGAAUCGACGCAGUCCACCUGUCUUUGUACCUCGUGUGUUAUCGUACAAGUGUGAAAAUAAAGCUCUUUGAAAUUAAUACUAUUUACGAGCUAGUAUCAUUCCGGUUAUGCAAGUUCGAACGUAGAAUAUAGUGUUUUUUUUUUUGCUGGAAAAGUAUGUCAAACAAAUAGUUAUUGUGAUUAGGCGUUGUGCACCAUGUUGUUCUCAUCUAGAACGGAGGCUGAUCCUUCGCCACGCCACCUCCAUCGUCUGCUCCAUAGAAUCGCAUGUGUGCUCGCGUGCGUGCUGCAAAGCCAGGCCAGUUAAUACUUGAACGGCCCCACGAGACGACGCUCGCCUCAGUCGGUUGCAGUGCGUUGCCCGGAACAGAUGCCAGCCUUUGGCCCGCGCUCGAAGUGCUCACAAUCAACAUCAUGCAUAGCAAAGGCGAACGGCGCGGUCAGCACUCGUACUACGAUCCGGUGACCCACAUCUGGACCGGUUUGUCGACGCCGCCACUCUUCAACACCAAUCAAAGCCUCGGCCAGCUGGUGCUGGGCGUGCUGCAGCGGUGCGACCCGGCGCAGAUCACCCAGAUCAGCGACGAUGGCGGCCGCACGGUGACCUGCCGCGAGAUGUACCUGCGCACGGUGCGCAUCGCCGAACGGCUGGCCCAGCUCGGCUACGGCAAGCAUACGCCGAUGGCUGCGCUGGCGUCCCGCAACGGCGAACACGUCGCACCGGUCGCAUUUGCCUGCUUUGCCCUCGGCAUCCCAAUCAACACGCUCGACACGGCUUUCAACGUGGCCGACUUUGCGCACAUGUUCGGCGUCACCCGGCCGGCGCUGGUGUUCUGCGAGAGCGACAUCCUGGAGGUGGUGCGCGAAGCGGCCCAGCGUGCCGCCAUCGCGCCCGAGAUUGUGCUGUUCGAGGAGCGCACCGCGGGCUACCGGCACGUGCUGGAUCUGCUGGAGCCCACCGGUACCGAGGAUUCAUUCGUACCCACCAACCUGGAUGACCCUACCACCCACGUCGCCGCUGUGCUGUGCUCCUCCGGCACAACCGGCCUGUCCAAGGGCGUAACCUACACGCACACGUUUUGCAUCGCCAACCUGCCGUCCCUGUGGCGGAUGGCGCCGACGGAUUGUCUGCUCGCCUUCAGCUCGCUCUACUGGCUGUCCGGCUUUGCCUCGCUCGUCAUCGGCACGGUCUCGCAGGCGGCACGCGUCAUCACCCGGGCACCGUUCACGCCCACGCUCGCGCUCGAAAUGCUGCAGCGCCACCCGGUGACGAUCGCGUUCUUCUCGCCCUUCCAGUCGAACCUGCUCGUGCACGAGCCACUGCUCGCGCAAACGCCGCUGCCCGCGCUGCGCCUGUUCCUGUGCGGUGGGGCACGCGUUUCCAAGCAGCUGUACGCGGCGCUGCAGCGCUGCCUGCCGUCCCACACGCGCAUCCAGAUCGGGUACGGCAUGUCCGAGUCCUGCCUAGUGACGCUGACCGACGGUGACAGCUACCGGGACGACUGUGUCGGUACGCUGCAGGCCCGGGUCGAGGCACGCAUCGUCGACGAUGGGCCGGACCAGCGUGGGCUGGCGCCGGACGAACCGGGCGAGAUCAUGCUGCGCGUGCAGAUUCCCUUCGCCGGGUAUUACGGCAACCCGGACGCCACGGCCGAGCUAAUGAGCCCGGACGGCUGGAUUCGGACCGGCGACAUCGGCUACUUCGACCGGGACGGCCAUCUGUACGUGAUCGAUCGCAAGAAGGACAUCAUCAAAUACGCCGGCAACCAGAUAUCGCCGACCGAGCUGGAAGUGCUCGCCAAGCAGCUGGCCGGCGUGCUGGACUGCUGCGUCGUGGGCGUACCGGACGAGGGCACCGAUUUGCCGGCCGCGUUGGUUCUCCGCGAACCGGGCGCCGCUGGCGCAGCGCUUACCGCCGACCAGGUGCGCCAGUUUGUGGACGAACGCGUCUCUGCCCACAAGCACCUCCGGGGCGGGGUUUACUUUACCGAGGAAAUGCCCCUGACACCGUCCGGCAAGAUUGUGCGCCGCAAGUGUUUGGAAAUUGUACAAAAGGCGCGCCAAAGCACACAGUAGAACGAGUGUGGCUUGGCGAGGUUUUAGAAUCGUGAAGAAUUGAUUUUAUAGUAACUUAUUAUUAAUGCCGUAAAAUGGGAAGCGUCUGCUUGUACGCAGACAUAUUUUACCUUCACUAGAAACGUUUAUAUUUGAAAAAAUUAAUAAAAAAAUACAUUUAUCUAUUUA